GAAGUAAAUAAAACUUGUACUAGUCUCUUUCUCAUGACAGAGUUGUUUAUGAACUGGAUAAGCUGCAUUCUCUCCAAACAAGUCUGGCAACAUUUGCUUUCAGAAAUGAAAGCAUUCUGAGAGUGCUACCGUGUGCCAUUUUACACCGGGACAUAAGAUUUCUUUAAAAAGUGAAAAACCGGGCAUCUUGUUAAAUAGUAAAAUUUGUAGUUGCCUAUGUGGGAAUUUACAUGAUGAAACACUCCAUGAGAAACUGCGAACAUGUUGGGAACCUGUGUGAUUUUGAUCCGAGUGAGUGAGCAUUAGUCAGCAACGUCAUAUGACCCCUUUAAUGAAUCAUGGAGGACAAAGAAACAUUCAGCGAUGGAGAGUUUUCUCCAGGAUGCAGUCGGAUACCAAAAACACUGGAUUCCAAACGUGUGUCCAUGAACAGUGACCGUUCUAAAGACAACAUACUAACAUUUGAAGAAAAACACAUAUCAACAGAUCUGAGUCAAUUGCACAGGCAGAGAUCAAACUCACUGACGCACAGCUGUGUGUCCAUGAAGAGUGAAGCAUCUAUGGAAAGUGACUCUCAACUGGCCCAAAGCACAAUCAGAUCAAAUCUGGUGAAGAAGUUUGAGUGUCUGUAUGAAGGAACAUCAAAGCAGGGAAACCCAACUCUCCUGAAUGAGAUCUACACAGAGCUCUACAUCACAGAGAGGGAAAGUGGAGAGAUCAGUAAUGAGCAUGAGGUGAGACAGAUUGAGACACACUCCAGGAGAGCAGCAACAGAGGAAACACCAAUCACAUGCAAUGACAUCUUUAGACCUUUACCUGGACAAGAAAAACCCAUCAGAACUGUGCUGACAAAGGGAGUCGCUGGCAUUGGAAAAACAGUCUCUGUGCAGAAGUUCAUUUUGGACUGGGCUGAAGGGAAAGAGAAUCAGGACGUCCAGCUCAUAUUUCCACUUCCUUUCAGAGAAAUCAACCUGAUGAAGGACAAAACACUCAGUCUUUCAGAUAUUCUUCAUGUCUUUUACCCUGAAACCAAAGAAAUGGACAUAUCCAGUGAUGAAUAUAAAGUGUUAUUCAUCUUUGAUGGUCUGGAUGAGUGUCGUCUUUCUCUGGAUUUUCAGAGCGAUGUGAGGUUGUGUGAUGUAAGUGAAUUAGCCUCAGUGGACAUGCUCCUGACGAACCUCAUUGUGGGGAAUAUGCUUCCCUCUGCUCUCAUCUGGAUCACCUCCAGACCAGCAGCAGCUGAUCUCAUCCCCUCUGAGUGUGUCCAUCGAGUGACAGAGGUACGAGGCUUCAAUGAUCCACAGAAGGAGGAAUACUUCAGGAAGAGAAUCAGUGAUCAGGGUCUGGCCGAUACAAUCAUCUCACACCUGAAGUCAUCAAGGAGCCUCUUCAUCAUGUGCCACAUCCCAGUGUUCUGCUGGAUCUCAGCCACAGUUCUGGAGAAGAUGUUGAGUGAAGCAGAGAGUGGAGAGAUUCCCAAGACUCUCACUCAAAUGUACACACACUUCCUGAUCCUUCAGACCAACAUCAAGCAAGAGAAGGACUAUGAGAAGACAGUCAAAGAUGAAGAUAUGAUCCUCAAACUGGGGAAACUGGCUUUUCAGCAGCUUGUGAAAGGAAACCUGAUUUUCUAUGAGGAAGACCUGAGAGAGUGUGGCAUUGAAGAGACAGAAGCAUCAGUGUAUUCAGGAUUGUGCACUCAGAUCUUCAGAGAGGAGCUUGGCUUGAAUCAUGGGAAAGUCUUCUGCUUUGUUCAUCUGAGCAUCCAGGAACAUCUAGCAGCUCUAUAUGCACAUCUGUCCCUUAUGAAAAACAGAAAUGUGUUUAUUACUCUGUCUUCUAGUCCUUUGAAGCAUUUAAAGAAGGCUUUAAAUGUUUCAUUAUCUGAGCUGCAUCAAAUAGCUGUGAGAAAGGCCUUGAAGAGUAAGAAUGGACAUCUGGAUCUUUUCCUGCGUUUUCUUCUGGGUCUCUCAUUGGAGUCCAAUCAGACUCUCUUACGAGAACUACUGACACAGACAGGAAGCUGCUCCUAUAACAAAGAGGAAACAGUUGAGUACCUCAAGCAGAAGAUCAAGAGGAAUCGCUCUCCAGAGAGAUCCAUAAAUCUGUUCCACUGUCUGAAUGAACUGGGUGAUGAUUUACUGAUUCAGGAGAUCCAAGAUUAUCUGAAAUCUGGAAAAAUAAGAGAAACCAAACUCUCCUCUUCACAGUGGUCAGCUCUGGUUUAUGUGUUGCUGACAUCAGAGCAGAAGAUGGAUGUUUUCAAACUAAAACUGUUCAUUGGAUCCCAAAAUACAGCAGAUGAAGUUCUUCAGAAGCUGCUGCCUGUGGUUAAAGAAUCCAAAUUAGUUCAGUUGAUGGAUUGUGGUGUUACAUAUGAAGGAUGUGCUGCUCUGGCUUCAGCUCUGAAAUCAAACCCCUCCCACAUUAGAAAUAUGAAUCUAUCACUGAAUAAAGUAGGAGCAUCAGGAGUGAAGCUGCUCUCUGAUGGACUGAAGGAUCCUCACUGUAAACUGGAAAAACUGCGGCUGGGUAAGUGUGGUGUCACAGAUGAAGGAUGUGCUGCUCUGGCUUCAGCUCUGAGAUCAAACCCCUCACACCUGAGAGAUCUAGAUCUGUCACUGAAUAAACUAGGAGACUCAGGACUGAAACUGCUCUCUGAUGGACUGAAGGAUCCUCAGUGUAGACUGGAAACACUGCGGUUGAGUGAUUGUGGAGUCACAGAUGAAGGAUGUGUUGCUCUGACUUCAGCUCUGAGAUCAAACCCCUCACAUCUGAGAGAACUAGAUCUGUCAAUGAAUAAAUUAGGAGUGUCAGAACUGAAUCUGCUCUCUGAUUUACUGAAAGAUCCUCACUGUCAACUGGAGAUACUGCGGUUGAGUUAUUGUGGAGUCACAGAUGAAGGUUGUGCUGCUCUGGCUUCAGCUCUGAGAUCAAACCCCUCACACCUGAAAGAGCUGGAUCUGUCUGGAAAUGAACUAGAAGCAUCAGAACUGAAUCUGCUUUCUGCUGGACUGAAAGAUCCUCUCUGUAAACUGGAGAUACUGCGAUUGAGGGAUUGUGGAGUCACAUAUGAAUGUUGUGCUGCUCUGGCUUCAGCUCUGAGAUCAAACCCCUCAUACCUGAGAGAACUGGAUCUGACUGGAAAUAAACUAAAAGACUCAGAUGUGAAGCUGCUCUCUGCUCUGAAGGAUAAUCCACAUUAUAAAGUGGAAAUGCUUAAGUUUUAAUUGUUAGUCUGAUCUUCUCUGGAUCAGCUGAUGGUGAAUAAAGAGUCACUACAGACAGACAUCACAUUCAACAGAAUCAACAGACACAAACCCAUAGUGAUCAUCACGCAUGUGUUUGUGUAACUUUCCAGAAUCAUUGCAUUGUUAAUUCAAAGUCGAACAAUGAAACCUGAAACCUAUCUAUUCUUAUAAACAAUUUUACAUUACAAUAUUACCAGUUGUUUGUGAAAAUACAGUAUGUGUACAUUCUGGUCAGUUCAUAUUAGAAAAUAUAUAAACUCAACAUAAAAAAAAGUAUUUUAUACUGAGUUGAAAUCUUUGUUUUAGCAAUUAAUUAAAGGUAUUAACACAGUCUGCACAGUCAGUAUGGAUUUGUAGCUUAUUUAUCCUUGAACUGUACAAGCAACAGACCUGAGGAAAACUAUCCAGGAGCUCUGACAGUGUUGAACUGAGGGAAAACAGACACAUCAAAUCACAUUUUACACUUUAGUUAGUGUAUUCUGUCAGGUGUAAGUUAAUGUGUGACACACUCAUACAGUAUGUGCCAAGCAAAGAAUGAUAGUUCAUACGAUUCACUGUAUAAGGAUUAUAAUGUAGAAAAAUAACCAGUGAAACAUUUUAAAUAAUUUGUACAUUUUAUAAUCAGUUGUUAAAUAGAGAUUUUCUGUUUAAAUAAAUUCUCAGAUAUUUCCCCCAUUUGAAAAUGUGUCGCU